AUGGCGGCUUCAAGGCCGAGCAUUGCUAGGGUUUGUGUUGAAAUAGAUUUGUUAAAACAACUUACUCAGAGGGUGUGGAUUGGUAAUGGUGAUCAUGAAGGUUUCUGGCAAGCUUUAAUUCCGGAAAAUAUGCCUAAGUAUUGUUCUCAUUGCUUUAGACAAGGACAUACCCAGGAUUAUUGUCAUGUGCUUCAUCCGGAUUUCAAAUCUGAGAGGCCGUUAAUUUCCAAGAAAAAUGAAGGCAAUUUGGCCUUUCAACCUCCGUCUUCGUCUGUUCUGGGCUCUGUCGGUAAGGGUGAACAACCUGGACAAGGAGUGGAAAAUAACAUCAUUGAUAAGGUGGAUGACUCUAAGAAGGAUAAGGUGGAUGCUGUUGAUAAGGAAGGCAUUUCGGCAGCUCCCAAAGUUACGACUCUUGAUGAAGAAUGUGCUGCUGAUGGAGACUGCCCUAAAAUUUGUAUUGACUUAUCUAAAGAACUUGCUACUGGUGCAUGUUCUGAUAAUCAGCCAAUGGUGCCUCAGCAUGCACUUGAAGAGUUGGGAGACAAAUUUCCAGACAAGCAAACGGAAUAUUUGGAAUUUUUGGCUGGUACAGAUAAUGUUGAGCAACCCUGUCCUGUAGAUGAUCCGAAGCAGAGUUUUGAGCAGCAAGUUUUUGUCCCAACCCGCAUAGAUGAGGGACUGAUUAGUGUUUCGAAGGGGGAAAAAGAGGUGGAUGAAGAUAUACAUGCUCAAGGUGUGGUGGAUGAUUUGCAUAUUACGAGCUCAUCUUUGCAUUUGUCAUUACAAAUUAGUUCCGCAUUAUUUGAGUUGCCUAUCAUCUUCUCAUUUGUUCAUGCCAAGUGCACGGCCCAUGAACGAGUCCAAUUAUGGAAUAGCCUUAUUGUCGACAAACCGAAGCAAUCUGCUUGGUUUAUUGUGGGUGAUUUUAAUGUUAUUGUCUCGGCGGAGGAAAAAAAGGGUGGGAUGCCGUUUAGACCAGAGGAGGGCUGGGAUUUUUUGGACUUCAUGUCUCAGGCUGGGAUUUUUUAUGUGGGGUACUCGGGGUCAAGAUUUACGUGGUGCAAUAAUAGACAUGGCAGGGUGCAUAUAUGGAAGAGAUUAGACAGGUUGCUUAUGAAUCAGAGUGCAUCAAGCUUGGGGUUGAAAUUUAGCGUUCAACAUUUGUGUAGAGACCCCUCGGAUCACGCUCCAUUGCUAUUAUCGGCUGUAACAAAUUUGGACGAUAAGCCUAAGCCAUUUCGUUUUAUGAAUUUUUGGACGUCUAAGCCUGAGUUGUUAGACGUUAUUAAAUGCCAAUGGAACAGGAGAUUUUCAGGCCCACUAUUAAACAUCUUUGCACAAAAGCUUCGGAAAGUAAAGGCAGCAUUACGAAUUUGGUCCCGCAACGUGUUUGGUGAUAUCUUUGAAUCUGUGAAAGUGGCGGAACAACGUGCUUUUAAAGCUGAGUUGAGUUAUGAUGAUGACGCAUCUGAAGCCAAUUUAGUUGAGUUACAUGAAGCACAGGCCCAGCUAAGGCGUUCUCAUGGAGUUGAGCAUAUGUUCUGGCAACAGAAAGCUAGGCUUAAGUGGUUAAAGGAUGGGGAUAGGAAUUCUAAAUAUUUUCAUUCUGUGGUAGCCAAACGCCGAAAUAAUGAGAAUUUGGAGGAGAUUCCAUCCAUAGAAGAAGUUAAGUCGGUGGUUUUUGCUAUGGAUGGUGAGAGUGCUGCUGGCCCGAACAGCUUUUCUGGUAAGUUUUUUACUUGUGCGUGGGAUAUCGUGGUGGAGGAUUUAUAUGCGGCACUGGGUUUGCGUCAAGGAGAUCCCAUCUCGCCGGCUCUUUUGGUUAUAGGGGUUGAAGUAUUAUCUAGGAUGCUGAAUUUGUUGAGUGGUCAGUCAGGUAUUGCCAUCGCUGAUUUGCUGGCAUCUUUGGAAAGCAAGAAAUGUAACAUUGUGGGAAGGGAAGGUGCUGAACGCCAUGCAAACCGGCUAUCUAAGAUUGGGACGGAGUUAGGUUCUAAUAUUGUUUAUGAUUCGUUUUCGCAAUUGCCAAGCUCUGGGACUUUGGUCAUGUUCCCUACGAGGUUUUUUGCCAAACAACGGCAAUACCAGAGUGAGAGCUUAGCUAUGCAGGCAAGAGAAUCUGGAGAUGCUGAUUUUUUGGAGUUAUUGUUGGAAUCCAAUCUCAAUGAGAUCAAACUGCAAAAUUAUAGCAUUGAGCAUUCAUGA